CCUUACUUAAGGGAUUAGGCAAAUGUGGAUCUAGCUUACUCUGAGAGUUGAACACUAGCAGUUGUCUUCAAAAUGAGCCACUUUGAAUUUGCAAUACCUGUGCAAAAGGAUGAGUUAUUGGAGUCUCACGUCGGACAAUAUCAUGUCGAAGAUGUGGUGCAGAUAAGAGUGCUUUUAUCCAAACUACAAGAUGCGGCAAGAGCGUAUAAUGCCGAAGGCGUCGAAUACAUACUGGAGCACUUUGACACAUAUUUUUCUAUUAUUGUCCAUGGUAACAAGCUUGAAUGGAACAUCAUCAAUAAAGGGUUUGACCACCUUGUCAGAACUGCUAAGGCCUUGUGCAGUCAUAUUGAACUGAUUAUGCAGGAUCAAGAGCUAGAUGCAGAUCUUAGAGUGAAGAACCUAAAUAUUGUGAAAAUGGUCAUGUACCUGUACACACAAAUAAUGAAAACUAAAGAUGUUAAGUUAGCAGCUGAUAACUCCACCAAACUCACUUUGGGCAAAAAGGGGAAAAAGGCAACAGAAGAUGAAGAGUUUUGUGGCUGGACGGAAUCUGAUAAGCAAGCUGCUCUUGUGACUUUGCAUUUAUUGCUUCAACAACCUUUGAAUCGCCUGUGGGACCCUCCACUGGCAGAAGAUAACUUUGUAACGAUGGUUUCUGAACCUUGCUACAAAGCGUUAGAAGAACAGAUAAUAAAGAACAAAGCUGUGAGAGAGACGGUCUUCCAAGUACUUGGAGUACUCAUAAAAAAAUAUAACCAUGGAACUUCCUGCCUCAUCAAGCUGGUGCAGGUUCUUCAAAUGGCGGAACACUCCGUGUCUCCAAUCUGUGCUGGAGUUGUGCAGCUGACCAAAGAUUUUGAAAUAGGAACAUUUGGACCUCAGAUGGUGCGUGAAAUAGCAGAAGCCCUAGCGACGAGUGAGGAGGAGAACGCGGCUGUGGGCACGGAACAGGGCGCGGCCAGAAACUGCGGCGCCUUCCUGCUCGAGCUUACCAAGGAACUGCCCAAAGAAAUGACCUCUGCUAUUACCACAUUGCAGUCAUAUCUGGAAAGUGAUGAGUCAUACACACUACGUAUCAGCGUGCUCGGCAUGAUGUGCGAGGCGCUCAGCGUAGAGCUACGCGGCGAGGGCCUGACCGACGAGCAGCGCGCCCAGCGCGACGACUUCCUCGACGACCUCUACGAGCACAUGCACGACCUGUCCGCCUACGUGCGCCACAAGGUAUUGCAGUUCUGGUGCCGCCUGCAGCGCGACAACAGCGUGCCCGUGACCAGGCAGAGGGUUGUGCUGGAACGCGCCAUCGGCCGCUUGAGGGACAAGGCUGCUAUUGUUAGGAAGGCAGCCAUACAGUUGCUGAAGGUAUUCUUGGAAUGCAACCCUUUCUCCGCCCAAUUGAAAUUAGAAAUAUUAGAAGAACAACUAGAAACCGAGCAGAAGAUAUUAGACGAUCUGCAGAAAAAAUUGAAUCCAGGGCCAGAUCCAAAGCUAGUAGAAAAGUGGGAGAAAAUUAAAGAUGAUAUUGUAGCUGCUAUUAACGAAGGAAUGAACACUUUGACGCAAGACGAACCUGACCUAUCACAGGCUUCGCUGGAUAACUUGUAUGACUCGAUUAGAAAGCAUUUACGAGAGAAGAACUAUUUCAAGGCAUACUUGAUUGUUAAACAUACAGAGAGGCAAUAUCCCGAAGCGAGGUAUUUAAGGUGCAGCAUGGAAAAAAGUGACCAAGUGGAAUAUUUUGUGGCUCUCCUUAAGAACAUUUUUGUAAUACCAGACAGACGUCAAUCUAUAACACUAAGCCAGCAAUGUGAAAACGAAUUGGCCUUAUACAAAAAGUUGGAAGAAAAGGAAGCCAUAGUCGCUUUCUUGCAAGAGUCUGUGCAUUUCAGUAGAAUGGUUAGCGAGGCGGUACCUUUGAUUAAUACUUUGUUGAUGUCUAAGCAGGCAGGGGAUGUCAAUGAAGCUAUAGAAUUCUUCACCACGGCACACCACUUUAAUAUUGAAUCGGCCAAGACUGGUGUAGCUAACAUGCUGUUGCUUGUAUGGUCACCUGAUCAGGAAAAACGGCAAGCCGUAGAGCGCGCCUACCGCGACAUGUACUUAGAAUGCGACAGCAAGCCGGAGCGCGCCCGUGCGGUCAAUAUCGCGCGUAAACUGGUAUCUCUGGUGGCCACUAUUGACCGCAGCAGCGCGCUCGCUCUGGACCAUCUCGUGGACCAGUGGGUCGACAAGGGGGACAUCACUCCGUCCAUCAUCCAGGUGUUCUGGGAGAUGUUUAUGAAGAAAAUCGACGGAACCACAGAUAUGGACAGCUACGCAGCGCUGGCGCUCCUUGUAAUGGUUUCCAAAGCCAAACCCUCCGUAGCACUCGCUAACCUCGAAGUCAUACAAACCCACGGCUUGACGGGCGACUACAAUUCCAGGAACUUGAGCGCCCAACUAUUACUGUCAUUGAGCAAGAAGAACAAAAGAUAUCCGGCUGAUCAUCAGAUAUUUACCUCAAUUUACGAUAGUUUGUUAGAAACGUUUUCGAAACUUAACAAGUUCACGUCGUUUGCGGCUUAUUCUAUCGACACGAUUUACGCGAUCUGCGAUACGCCUGAGAUUGUCUGCGCGAAGAUAUUAGCGGAAAUGUAUAGAAGGGUGCAGCAGGCGAUGGUGAAACAGGGCGAGAAUGAAGAGGAGGUUUCUCUGCCGGUUGAGCUGCUCACUCGCUUCGUGUUCGCGCUGGGACAUGUGGCGUUCCAACAGCUCAUCUACCUCGAUGUGUCAGUGUACAGUGAGCUGAGGAGAAGAAACCAGGUCCGUGAAGACCGCAAAUUAGAGGAAAAGCGUAAGAAGAAAGCCGGUGCGUUCGCCACUCCAGCUCGGAAGGGGCGAGUGGAGGACCUGCGCCGCCAGACGCUCAUGAACGCGUCCGGAGCGAGCGCGUCCAGUCGCGGUCAGCGCUCCGCUAGCGUCUCCAAGGGACCAUCUACAAACACUACGAUGACGGAAGACGAAACAGGGCUAGAAGGCGCGGUGGCGGACGACGCGGACGCAGAGUAUGUGCGCGGCGUGUGCGAGCGAGAGAUUGUGGGCGAGGGCACGGCGCUGGCUCGCUACGUGCCCCUGCUGCGUCAUAUCCUGGCUAACCCGGCGCGCGCGCCGCCCUCCUUACAGGCUGCCGUCGCUCUCACCUUCACUAGAUUCAUGCUAGUAUCGAGCACUGUGUGCGACGAAGGCCUGCAGCUGAUGGUGACAGUGCUGACACGUUCACGGAAUGUGGCGCUGCGGACCAAUCUCACUAUAGCGUUCGCUGACCUUACGCUACGUUUCCCUAAUCUCACCCAACCUUGGACCCGCCAUAUCUACCAGAUCUUAAGCGACGAGGAGUUAGAAGUGCGUCAGUGCGCAGUGAAGAUGCUCUCGUUCCUCGUGCUGCAUGAGAUGGUGCGAGUGAAGGGCCAGAUCGCAGAUAUGGCGUUAUGCUGCGCCGACAAAGACGCAAAGAUCGCGUCGAUGACGCGUCUGUUCUUCAAGCAGCUCUCUCAGAAAGGCAACGCGCUCUAUAACGUGAUGCCGGACAUCAUCUCGCGGCUCAGCGACCCGGAGCUCAGCGUGCCGGAGGAACAAUACAGAAUUAUUAUGAAAUAUAUCACAUCGCUCAUACAGAAGGACCGCCAGACUGAGGCCCUGGUAGAGAAGCUGUGCCAGCGAUUCAAAAUGUCUACAGAAGAACGGCAGUGGCGCGAUCUCGCCUUCUGUCUGUCCUUGUUCAACUACAACGAACGGACGCUCAAGAAGCUUAUCGAGAACCUGGACUGUUACAAGGACAAACUGCACUGCAAUGGCGUCAUGCAAUCGUUCCACACCAUUAUGAAUAAUGCGUCGAAAAUGGCUAAGAAUGAAGUAAAGGCACUAGUGACGGAGCUAGGAGACAAGAUAGAGGAAUGUUUCGCGGUGCGCUCGCCGGCGCCGGGCGCGGGCGCGGAGCCCGGCGCGCCGCGCACGCCCGCCGCGCCGCGCGCCACGCCGCGCCGCAAGCCCGCGCGGCGCUACCGCCGCCGCUCCUCCUCCAGUCCUGACGAGAAUGAACCACCCACUAACACUGAAGGUACACCUCAGUCAGUCAGAAAAUCUAGCAGAAAUGCCAGAUCCAGAGUCGUCAAGGCGAUUGCGAAUGAUUCCGACGAAUCAGAUGAAGAGGAGCAACAAAAGGAAGAUGAUGAAGUAUUUAAGAAGCCCACUGCUAGGAAAGCAACUCGAAGAAGGAAGAAUUGAGCUGUUACUGUAAAACACAUGUUAUGUUUAAUGGUUUAUGUAAUAAAAAACUAAAUGCAUAAGUC